AUGAUGGGGCUCCUGAACGUCGAUUCGUCCACCCCGCAGCUGAUAAAUAAGAGCUACGACCCCGCCCUGGACGGGUGCCUCUUCUUCCUGCUGGAGAGCGGCAAGGGCCCGCUGGAGAUCGGCAGCGACGAGCGCUGCCAGAUCCAGAUGCCCGGCCUGGAGCCCAGCAUGGCGUUCGUCAACAACCAGGAAAACGGCUCCCUGACCAUCCGGCACGAGGCCGGCAGGGUGUUGCUCAACGGCCGCCAGAUUGGGUCCGCGGAGGAGCCGAUGCAUCAUGGGGACUGGCUGCGGAUCUCCUACAGCGUCGUCUUCCUGGUGCAUUGUCCCGAGGAGGCUCAGGACAACCAGAACUCGAGGGUCAAGAUGCGAAGAGCAACGAUGAUGAGCAUACAGGACAUGGAGGAGGCCACGGAGGUAGACGACGAGGCCUACCGGCAGUUCCAGGCGCACCUCCAGGUUCUGGAGAGUUCCACCGAGAUCGGCCAUUUCAGGGCGCGGGUGUUGAAUCGCAAGUUCAAGAAGCUGCUUAGGAACAUUUCGAAGGCCAACGCGAUCACCCAGCUCCUCGCGCCCCGCAGUCGCUACGAGUGGGUGGCGGAACUGCUGACCGACCCGCGGGCCCCGGGCGGCAUGCCCGAGUGCAUCGUCCGCUUGAAGAAGUAUGAAACUGGCGUCGCGCGCUGGAGACACGUCGUGAGGCACAAGGCGAUGCGCAGCAAGGGCUCCAAGAUGGAUUCCGCCCUCCGCCUCCUGCUGGAGCCCUUCACCAGGGUGGCCCUCACGGACGGCGGCGACGGCACCCAGACGGUCGCGGAGCCCUUCCGGACGGUGGCCCUCUUCGAGACCGAGGCCUUCGAGGAGCGCCUGCAGCACCUGCAGCGGCUCCAGGGCGGCCUCGAGCGCGGGGAGCCCGUGGACGCCGCGGCGGGGGGCGGGCCGUUCUCCGAGCUCGGGCCGUCGGACGUGGGCGAGGUGCUGCGGAGGGAGAAGCAGCUGCAGCAGGAGCUGGCGAGGGCCCGCCAGGAUCGGGGAGGGGUGGAACGGCUGCGGCGACAGGCCGCGGCGCCGCAGCCAGGCGGCGGGCGGCUCGGGGUGCUCGCGGAGGCCUCCGAGGCGCGGCUGCGGAGGCAGCCUGGCGGGCCGGGGGGCUACGAUCCCGCCGACGGCUCCGGCCUCCAGGCGGAGAGCUUCUCGCGGGACGCGCACCUGAACAGCCUGCAGCAGCAGGUCGAUGCUGCGUUCAGCCACGCUCUGGCCGCCGACGCCCAGGAGAGUCCAGGGCCCUGCAGCGCCACCUCGAGCGCGUCGAGGCCUGCGCGUCCGAGGAGUUCGCGGCCUGCAGCCAGCUGCACGACGAGGCGCGCGCCGCGCUGCGCUCGGAGGUGGACUGCCUGCGCGCGGAGCUGUGGCAUGCGCAGGAGAGCAGGCCCGGGCCGAGCUGGCCGAGCAGCGCGAGAGCUCCCAGGGCGCACUGGAGCUGGUGGAGUUCUACCUCGCGAGCCGCCGCUCGCAGGAGAGCGCCGCGGCCGGCGGCAGCCCCGGCGGCGCCGCCGAGCCCAGGCCCGCUGGCCGAUCGCCCGGCCCGGAGCCGGGUUGGCCCGGAGGCGGCAUGCCGCCGACCGCCGGGCUGAGACCCAGCCCGGCCGGCGGCCCCGCUGGCGGCGAGCCGAGGCCCGCGGCCGCCCGGUCGCUGUGGGCCGGCCCGGAGCCGGGCUGGCCCGUGGGCGGGGGCGCGCCAGUUGCCGGGCUGAGGCCAGGCCCUGCGAGCAGCCCAGGAGGCUCCGAGCUGGGGCCGGCCGCCGGCCGGAAGCCCGCGGCGGGCCCAGGCCUAGGUUGGCCCGGGAGCGGGCCUGGGGGCGGGUGGACUGCCGGUCUGCUCCGGUAGCAUACGACGCGUCCGCUGAGCACUCGUGGCUCACGGGCCGGGGCGGUGAAAUACUGUUGACAGCGUUUCAGACAGAGUUGCACUACAUGAUCUACAAGAACGGGACAAAGUGCUUGUACCUGAAUUUCAACGUUCGCGACGAGGAGGAGGACGACGACGAGGAGCUGGAUGCGGAGAUCAAGAAGCUCGUCGAGCAGUCCCCGCCCCCGGCCGAGCUGACGGACGAGGAGAGGAAGCAGUUCUUCAGGAAGCCCAAGCAGAGCGACAUCCUGGCAGCGACGCUGAGCUCGGCGUUUACCACCUUCACCCUUCCAGAGAAGGAGGAGGGCUUCGACGAUGUGAAGUACGAGUGGUACUCGAAGACGAAGAGCGCAGCCUACUUGAAGAAUUGGGUGCUCAACCUGAAGCUCACUUUGCGUGUGGAGGAUCUCCAGCCCGGCGAGUGGUUCACGAAGCAGUGGAGCUCCUGGCAGCAGCAGCUCCAGCAGUGGCACGCCAAGAAGACCGAGUUCGAGCUCGCUAAGAAGAACGAGAGGGAGGCGAAGAGGCGGAAAAUCCUCGAAGAGAAGGCCGCCGCAGAGAAGAAGGAGGAGGAGAAGAAGGACGCUGAGAUGAAGGACGCGGAGGCCAAGGAGGGCGAGGCGAAGGAGGGCGAAGAGGCGAAGGAGGCCGAGAAAAAGGAUGAACCUGCCGAGGAGAAGGAGGAGAAGAAAGCCGCGGACGAGCCGGAGAACGACGGCGAGGAGAUGAUGAGUUGGACGUCUUCGGGGUGGAGAACAUCCUAG